AUGCUCGCCAGUGAUGUCAACAGCACUCUCCUCGAGUCCACGCAGCCGGGCUUGUCUCGCCGCAUCCGGGCCCUCGAGUCUCUGGACGCAUUGAGCCGCGCACGCAAGGGGAUUGGCUAUUGGUCUUUUGCCCACCUGCUGAGCGCCCUGCGCACCAUCGUCAACGAGAUCCACCUAUCCAGCAUUUUCUACAAUCCCCAGUUUGUCUUCAAUGAGCAGUCCAACUUGGCCAUGAUGCUGGCCAGCCUGGCCAUCCAGACCUUCCUCAGCGUGGCUACGCCCGACAUCGAUCCGCCCACCCUGCAGCAGCUCCUGGCACAGUCCAUGCACGAUGUGCGCGGGCUCUUCCCUCGGGUGGUGGACCCCUUGCUGAUUUUCAUCUCCGGCAGCCUGGAGCAUGCCUCCGUCACCAAGACCAUGCCGGCGGCCAUUGUCAAGCUCCAGUCGGAAUUCCUGGACUACAAUGCCUUCGAGAUGGCCUGUCUCUUCAUGCGCGAGGUCCUGGUGGAGAUCACCAACAAGGAUCCGAUGUCGCUCAGCUACAAGCCGGCCGACAUGCAUGGGCCUCCGCCCGGGCCCCCUGGCCCGCCACUGCCAGCCAUGGGUGAGUCGUUGCCCAUGCCGCCGUCGGCUUCCAUGGUCGCCGGUGGGGUGGCCACCUCGCCGGGAGGCGUGGCCGGUGCCUUUGCCGGGUCACCGCCUUCCUUCGCGCCGGUUCUGCCAGCCCCACAGGCGGCUGCCGUGCCGCCCCCCCCGCCGCCCCCCCAGCAGGUCCCUCCCCCGCCGAUGCCCCUGCCAGAUGGUCCAGACGCCCAGAACAUGGUCGGAUCGUCGCUCAUGCGGCAUCUUCUGUCCAGUUCCAACACGCCCGGCGCCCUGGCCGAGCCAUCCUCCUCGCUUCUGUCCUCGACCAAGGCCCUUCGGGAUGUCUUCCGUACCGGGCACCCGCCGCCUGGUGGUCCGCUGCCUCCGGGGGUGGCUCGCCCGGAUGGCAGCCUCUUCCAUCGUGAUCACUAUAUCCCGCCGGGGGGUGGCACCGUCGGCCCGGACGGCGUGGGUGUCCCGCCGGGGGUCCACGGUGGCGACAUGUCGGAUGUGGGCAGCGGCAUGCGCUCGCCCGGGGCAGUGCUCCCUCCGGGCUCGACCGGUGGAUCUGCCUCCACCUCCUCCCAAGGUGGCUCCAGCCCCACCACCCCCCUCUCGGCGAGCAAGCGCCGGCGCGCGGGCAAGACCCCGGUAUCCGGCGGGACGGCCGCGCGCGGUGGCACCACCUCCGUCAAUAGCACCAACAACAGCAGCAUUUACUUCAAGGCCGCUCUCAACUCCCUGAGCAGCCCGUCGCAGGCCACUUCGACCAGCAAGGAGAAGGACAAGGCCAGCUCGCCGGCCCCGCAGCGUCGCACCAAUCCCCCCUUCAGCAAGGAGGAGGAGACCAAGCUGGUGGAUGGCUACCGCCGGUAUGGCCCGGCCUGGACCAAGAUCCUCAAGGAGUACGACUUCCCCACCUACCGGACAAGCGUCGAUCUGAAGGACAAGUUCCGCAAUCUCUCCAACCGGGGGUAUCUUCCGGAUGAUGUGAAGGCCGCUUACCUGGCUCGGACGGCAGUCGGGACAGCAGGAGCGCAGGCCGCCGCGGCGGCCCUCACCUCGCCUGUCGCCACGACCUCAGUUCCCGGAGCGGCCGGCGGUGCUCCUGGCGCUGGUGCUCCCUCCUCGUAA